AUGGCCGAUUCAUCGACCGACAAGAACAGUGAGCAGCAUUCGAAGCACGCUACGCAAGAAGUACCUUCACCGGAAUAUGCUCCUGAAGGCGUCCUCGAAGAUGGAUCGCUAGAUCCAGUCUACGCAGCCAAAGCUCGUGUCCUCAACAAAGCCAUUCAAGAUAUUGGUAUGGGGCUGUACCAGUGGAAGCUCUUCGUUGUCAUUGGGUUCGGAUGGGCAAUGGACAACCUGUGGCCCAUCGUCACAUCUCUCAUCUUCACGCCUGUUAGGAACGAGUUUAAUCCCGAUCGGCCGCCGUUCCUCACCUUGUCGCAGAACAUCGGACUCCUCUUCGGUGCAGUCUUUUGGGGAUUCGGUUGCGACAUUUUCGGACGCCGUUGGGCUUUCAAUCUCACGAUAGGCAUCACAGCGGUUUUUGGUAUGAUCGCAGCAGGAAGUCCAAAUUUUGCCGCCAUCGGAACCUUUGCCGCUCUGUGGAGUGUUGGAGUGGGAGGCAACCUGCCAGUGGACAGUGCAAUUUUCCUCGAAUUCUUGCCUGGUAGCCAUCAGUAUCUGCUCACCAUCCUAUCGAUCGAUUGGGCGCUCGCGCAGGUGUUCGCAACGCUUGUAGCAUGGCCAUUGCUGGGAAACUUGACUUGUCAGGAGACGGACGAGAACUGUACAAAAGGCAAAAAUAUGGGUUGGAGGUACUUUCUCAUCGUCAUGGGUGGCACGGCACUGAUCAUGUUCUUCCUACGCUUCGUAUGCUUCACCAUCUACGAAUCCCCCAAAUUUCUCAUGGGCAAAGGCGAUGACGCCGGCGCCGUAACCAUUGUCCACGAAGUCGCCCGCCGCAACGGCAAAACCUCCUCCCUAACCCUCGAAGAUCUGCAAGCCUGCAACGUCCUCACUUCCCCCACCUCUCCACCAGCAGUCCAGCGCACCACAGCAUCUGCAGCCGUCAAACGCAACCUACAGAAACUCGAUGCCUCGCACGUCAAAGCGCUCUUCGCAACGAAGAAACUAGCCUACUCAACCUCCCUCAUCACUUUAAUAUGGGCAUUCAUCGGCCUAGGUUUCCCGCUCUACAACGCCUUCCUCCCCUUCAUCCAAGCAACCCGCGGCGUCGACUUUGGCGACGGGAGCACCUAUAUCACCUACCGCAACAGUCUCAUCAUCGCCGUGCUAGGCGUACCCGGCUGUCUCCUCGGCGGCCUACUCGUCGAAACGCCCCGCAUUGGGCGCAAAGGCACACUCGCUGCAUCCACAGUCCUAACCGGCGUAUUUCUCUUCUGCUCCACAACAGCCUUGGAUUCCAAUGCACUGCUGGGCUGGAACUGUGCAUACAAUUUCAUGAGCAAUAUCAUGUAUGCGGUUCUGUAUGCGUAUACGCCUGAGAUCUUUGCGACCAAGGAUCGAGGGACGGGGAAUGCGAUCACAGCGAGUGCGAAUAGGGUGUUUGGUAUUAUGGCGCCGAUUGUGGCCAUGUUUGCGAAUCUGGAGACGAGUGCGCCGGUUUAUGUUUCUGGGGCGCUGUUUAUUGCUGCCGGUGUGCUGGUGUUGCUUUUGCCCUUUGAGAGUCGUGGAAAGGCUAGCAUGUGA